UGUUCACAGGACAAGGGUUAUUAUACGCAUGUUUCUUAUAUGUGGAUCCAUAGUUUGUGAAGAUCUUUCACUGUUACGCAUUCAACUCUCAGACACCUGUUGAAAGGGAAGAACUAUAUGUAACUAUUUUUCAGUGGGAACGAAUGAAAGGGAAGCCUGUGCCUGAAGAAGGCCAAGGUCCGUUGAUGGGAUCAACAGAGGUCUGCCUCAUAUCCCCACACAGGAUUCUCUGGCUCCAGAACAAGAAGCUCAUCCCCGGGAUGUGACAGAAUGGACACCAAGGACUGGGCAAUAGGAAUGAUCUUUUUGUUACAGACCACAGCUGGCCUCCUGGGGAAUUGCUCUCUCCUCUACCAUUUUCUCUUCCUUUACCUCACAGGAGGCACAUCCAGGUCCACAGAUGUGAUUCUCAAACACAUGACUUUGGCCAACCUCUUAGUUCUGCUCUCCAAGGGAAUCCCUGAAACACUGGCAGCUUUGGGGUCAAAACACUUCCUCGAUGAUUUUGGAUGCAAACUUCUUUUUUACAUUCAGAAAGUGAGCAGGGAUGUGUCCAUUGGCACCACCUGCAUCUUGAGUGUCUUUCAGGUGAUCAUGAUCAGUCCCAGGGACUCCAGGUGGGCACAGCUUCAGGGAAAAGCUCCCAGGUACCUGGGCACCUUCAGUAUCCUCUGCUGGGUCUUGAACAUGAUGCUCAAUAUUUCGGUCCCUAUUUAUACAAGUGACAGAUUGAACAACACAACCAGUAUAAGGCACAUAGAUCACAUCUACUGUUUUUCAGUAGGUUAUAGCAGUAUCACAUACAAAAUCUAUGUGUCAUUGGUUUCAUUCCGUGAUGGUUUCCGUUUGGGGCUGAUGGUCGGCUCCAGUGGUUCCAUGGUUCUUAUCCUGCACAGGCACAAGCAGCGGGUCCGAUACAUUCAUAGGCAUGACCAGUCUGCUAGGCCCUCCCCUGAGACCACAGCUACCCAAACCAUCCUCGUCCUGGUGUGCUGCUUUGUUUCCUUGUGGACACUCUCUUCUGUCUUACACAGCUGUGUGGCCAUUUUUAACAAUCCCAGUUUCUGGCUGAAGAACACUUCUAAGCUCAUUGCUGCCUGUUUCCCAGCUCUAAGUCCCUAUAUUCUCAUGAGCCAUGACUCCAGAGUAUCUAGAUGCUUCUUUCUGUAG